AACAUUAAUAAUUACACUUUUAGCUAUCGAUUGGUGUAAUUUGGUGCCCUUUGGUUAAUUUUGAUGUAAACGACAUUUUCAGAGCUAGUUUGACUGGACUAUUAGAUUUACUUGAUAAAGAUCAAAUUCACCCAUCAAAAUGAGGGCGGAGGACCCCGAUGGGGUGUCUGACCUUGAGCACACCACAAAGAUAUCAAUUUCCGACCCUACGACCAGUAAAGAGUACACCGUCCUCUUAUCCAAUGAAGAUGCUGCACUUGCGGUGCAAGAUAAUCAAUUUGCAUCUGUGUUAUUGGCGAGUUGCAUUUAACAAGAGGAAUUCGAUAAGGAAAAUACUCCUGAUGGCUUUGGGGCUCCUAAAUGCAGUUCUUGAAAUGAUUUAGAUGAAUGGGGUGUUCAAAAGCCUCAUCCAUAUUUGGAAGUUCUUGGAAAGUCGAUGGAAAGCGAAUUGAACUUUGAAGCACACUUAAGUGAUGAUGAAGAUGAUGACGAGAAAGUGGUUGUGGAGAAAUACAGCACCGAGAAACCCACUGGAAACAAGGACAUCUCUGCUACAGGCAAAUACAAGUGGUCAAAUGCAGCGACGAAGUCAUUUCUGGACUUGUACACAGAAGAGAUGCAGAAAUUAUCUUCUAAAUUAACCAAGACAACAAAAGUACAAAACAAAUUGUGGGAAGCAAUAAGCAGUGGUAUGAAUUUGCAAGGAUACCAUGUUGAUGUACCUAAAUGUCGGUCAAAAUGGCAAACAAUGCAACGGAAAUAUAAAGUAGUGCAUGAUCACAAUAUCCACUCGGGCGCAGAUCGCAUGGACUGGAUGUUUUUUGAGAACAUGCAAUUGGGGAAGACACCAUAUAUGGCCCCAUUGUCUACUGCUUCAUCAGCAGGUGAAGCCGGAGAGCAAAGUCUGGAAUAUCAAACAGAUGCUCAGAGGGAUAAGAAAGAUAAUUGACUGUCUCUCUCAGUCUACCUAUAAUUCAUCAAAUAGCAUUAUACAUAUUUUCCAAUAUUGUGCUUCAUUUCAGACUUGAAGAGAAAAACUGUUGCUCAAAGCUUGACUGAGAUAAUGGAAGGGUAGGCUAAGACACGAGACUCCCAAGAUAAAGAGCGAACUGAGUAUCAUGCACAAAAAUUAAAAAGGUUGGAUUGAUUCAAUGAUAUACUGGCUCAAUCUCUUCUUCAAUCGAAGGGAUCAACCCAAGAACAUAAAGACUUAAGUUGAUAAAAAAUCAAUUAUUGACGUUGAAAAAAUGUUCCAGUGUUCUCGGUGUGUUUUGUGGAUGAAAAACAAUUGAAAAAAUCCAGUUUAUUUACAAAUUAAAUUAAAAAUCAAUAAUUUGUUUCACUA